AUGAGGAAGGAACGUGACAGUAUUACAGAGCCUUAUGGGGAAUCAGGUAAUUAUUAUCGUGAUACAACCAAAAUCUUCCGACCCGCCAUGCGAUACAUAAUUGCUAGACAGACUGGUCCCCACAAAAUUUUACUGUGAACAGACAUGUAACGUUAUGUUUUGACGCUCCAGUGACCAAACCUGCAUUGGUUGUUGAGUUUACUUUUAUUCCGGCAGCAGGUAAUGAACUGGUGGUGUGUGUUUAAUUGAUAAGUCAUCGUUGAAUCGCUGGUGAGUGAACAAUUUUUGUCAACACUAUAAAUGCCAGAUGAGUUUAGCCACGACCGUGAACAGGAAACAAUGCUUACGACUAUAUGUCACCGGAAUGGAAGCUAAAGAAGAAAUCCAGUUGUAAAUGAAGAAACUUUUAAAUACUUCAGCGAAUAUAGUGAAACUGAUGCAGCAGGUAUGUUUGUCAUUAACUUCACUUCACUUUUAUCUCAUCCUUAAGCCUUUGCUCGAGCAAAAGCGCGCUUAAUACAGAUAUUUUUUAAGUGAUUACAGGCGACCAACUAUAAGAGCCUUAACAAAAUAAAGGGGACUGAUAAUUUAAAGCUCUUUAUUUUCUCAAUGAUGUUCUUCAUUUCUCUUGUGUGACACUGGUGAAUCUCUGCGUUUGGAACAUUUGUGAUUUCUUGACACUUGUAACAGGUGACUUAAAGGUUUAUACUCUCAGCCAAUCGACAGGCGUUUCCCAGUUUACGAAUGACGUAAUCAGCAGGUCAGUGGCUUACGUGGCCUAAUCUCUGAAAGCCACUUGAGUGCAUUGCUCAUCCGUGUACUAUUCUGAUUUGCUAAUACCAGCAGUUCACUUGUUCACAUGCUUAUUACGUCACUCAACUGCUUAAAAACAUCUCAACUCACCAAUUUCUUUUUUUUCGGGGAAGAAAGACUUACGAUUAUAAACUGUUGGCCAUAUUCCUUGCAGCGAAGAAAUUCUCCUCAGGGGACGAUGAUGUUUCAAAAGUGACACAGGAGUAUUCAACUGCAACACCGAACUCAACAAAUAGUGACUGCGGCGAUGAUUUUUUUGUGUUCAUACUGAUCUACUGAUCAACUGUGUGGCUGACAAGUUAAAACGGUAAGAUAUUAUUUCAAUCACGAUUAUUUAAAGACUCUCUACAAAACUGUAGUGUCGCCCCACGCGACGCUGUGAAGAAACCACAGAUAAAUGUCAAUACUGGUGCAAUUCUAUGUUUCGUGAUCGUUCAGAUACGCACUGACGAGUCGUUUAAUACUCUAAUACGAUUUUUUGGUAAUUCUUGUCAGGAGUUACUGUUUAUUGACAGUAGUUUGGAAAGGCAAGGAUGAUUUGAGGUAACAGGCAAAUUAAACAGUUUCAUUCAUUAAAUUUGAGAUAAUAAGCUUUUAAUGGCGUUCUCCAUCAUUGUACUAAAAUCCCUUAAGAAUAGGGCCGGGGCUAACGCCAACUGAGAAAAGGUUAAUUGUUCCUCCACAAUUUGAAUUAAUCUUGCAUUAAUUUUCACGUCUCUCGACCAUUAAAGCAACUAUCUCAGUGUAUGAACACACUCACUCAUGGACCUUUUUCAUCAUUCUGUGACGUUUUGGUCACCAAAGAAGGCGAAUGACACUAUUCCUCGAUAAAGCUGCCAUGAGUGUGUUUAAUAUUCUCGCAUCUUUGUGGCGAAUCAUUUUUAUGUUCACUGUCGCAAUGUAUCUUUUUUUACCGAGUUCAAACAACCAGUUACCUGUUGAACCUGUUAGAGAGAUCGUAAAAAAACGCGUGAAUAUUUUUUUAACUAACUCUAUUUUUGAAGGAAAUUUUGAAAUAAAUGUUUGAAGUAGUCUGAAGUUUCUGACAAAACUUACGUGCAAGGAUAUCAUUAACAACCUUUUUGAUCAGCUAUUGACAGCAGUAAACAUGCCACAUCAAACCAGGCAAAGGAUGAAAUGGGGCUUUUUCCUUUUCAUUUUCCAAAUUGAAUUUACUUUUGGAAUCAAUCAGGCGAUUUGAGUGCGUGUAGACGUCAUAGACCAACGAAGCACCCUACAAAAAAAAAAAAAAAAUUCGGUCAUCACUGAUUCCGUUAGGUUAUUGACCGAUUAUUUCCACAAUUGUUAUACUUGUUUUGCCUCAAACGAUAGUUUUUUUCCCUCUGGGAACUGUUCUAUAAUUAAUGUAGUAAUAAUUACAUACUUUUACUGCUUCUUCUAGGUGCCAAAGUUUUGUUAGCGAAAUAUCGUUCUGGUGCAAGUGGCAUAAGUGUUUUCUGUGAAAACGCCGCUCAUAUGAUAACUCCAUAUGACAUGGAUGGUCCACAAAAUGACUCUGACAGGUGGAGUUUUUAUGGAACAAAGACAUUGCAAAGUCUUUUGCAGCAAUAUCUCUCAGAAACUUCAGUAUCAUCGUAUACAGAAAUUGCUUCCCAUCGGCAAAACGUGAAAGCGAAAGAGCUUGGUAGCAUCUUCACCGAAGACGUCCAAGAACAUGAGAGUUCUCUCGCUCCUCCUCCACUUCUUCAUCGACCCACAAAGCGAUCCUUAGAGCAAAGCCAAAUGAGUGUUGCAUCGCCAGACUCUAAGCACCCAAGACUAGAGAGUUGUUCUGCUUAUUUCGACCAUCAAAGAGGGGGAGUGCUGCAAGAGCCUUUUGAUGUCAGGGAGCAAAUGUUCGAGAGGACUCGGUCGCUUGAAAACUCACUGAAGCCAGCAUUUCCCCCUCCACCGCUGCUGAAGCAGACAGUAGUGAACACUAAUGGACGGAAAUCCCAGAUAACUACACACUUCAAUCAUAAAGAAAUUUUCCACCAUACAACUGCUAAAUGGAGCACAAUAAUGGAUAGUGAUCAAUGUGGGACUAAAACAGCUUCUCCGGACGAUGCUACAAAUAGCAAAAGAGUUCUUGAUCAUAGACUUCCGAUAAAGGACGUAGCCAAUGGGAGACAUCCAUCACCUGAGGGGAACGGAAAGCAAAAGGUUUUUACAGCACAACCUGUGCCGCGACAAAUAACAACCGAUGAUCACUCAUCUUGUGGAGGGUAUGCCUUUGAUCACAUGGCGAUGCCAAAAAUUGUUGCAGUGCAUUCCGUUUCAAAGAGCACACGAGAUGAGGACGAAUGGGAGAGAAAUAAAGCCUUUAUUUCCAAGGUUAAAGCCGCUCGAGAUAGAUCAUUUCACGGUGGGACGCCCGUUGAAGUGCAUGGACAAGCAAGGGAGAAACUGCAGGAAGUACCCCACCUCAAAACUAGACCAGUCAGAUCGCAAGACCAACAAAGUUUUCUUCAAGAUCACCAUUUGCAGAAGGGCACACGUCAAACCUCUUCUACUGAUGUUGGAGACAGAUCCAUGGAUAUCUCGUUUGAGCGUUUUGCACUUUAUCAUCUGCUCUCAAAAUUCCAAGGAAAUGUUGAGCAGGUCAAAAGCGUUUUAAAGGAGAACAUGCAAAAGGAAUGGUUAGAGUAUUCUCAAGGAAGUAUUGAUCCUAACAAACAGACGCUGAGUGGAGUGAAUUUGAAUGAGCUGCGCAAACUCUAUGACGUCUGGUGUACGUUAAAAAAGAGCCAAAAAAAGGAGACUCGAAGCGGAUAUUUGGAGAACAUUUUAAAGUCUCAGGAUUCCGAGCAGUAUAGAGUAAAAACAAGCUAUGGAUUAAACUUUCAAAAGAACCAUGAAGUCAGUCAAAGUAACUCUCAACUUUCCCCAAGUACGCAGCUCUUUAAGGCUAUUUCUCCAGGAUACUGUUCUCCACGAAAUCUGUCCAAAUCGGCAGUUCAUCAGACACCUGUGAAUCCUUCUCCCGUUUCUUUGAAUUCACAGCGUGUUCACAACAAUGUCACCGUGGAAAAAGCAGAAAGCAUUUCCAUGCAGCACUCGCCUAUGAUUAUCCAAGAGAAGAUUUACAGUUUUUCACGGAGCUCAUCUUUAAAUGGGAAAAUCGGCUCCAAAUCCACCUUUUCACCUGUUUUGGCUUCUUUCCGUGACCACGACAUCAAGACAGCAGAACUUAUCAAACACGCACAAGUGCAACCGAAAACCAAUCAGGUUUACUCUUGCGAUGAUAGUCAAUUGACAUUUGAUGGUCCGAAGAGAGAUGGAGUAAGCGCUAUUAUCGGUCACAUCCGUCAUGUCUCUAGAAACUCUCAGAGAACAGACAUUGAAAAGGAGACAAAGAGUGGUUCAAACAUUUCGCUUCGUGCCUCUGUUCUUCAGCACUUUCCACAAACAAUUUCCAAGCCAACACAAAAGGAGUCGCUUCCUUUUGUUAAUUCACACACAACAACAACAUUCUGUAACAACUUUAUCAGUAGUUCAUGCAAGGAAUCCGCGCAAUCUGACCAUCAUGCUGCCAAAAAAGCCAUGCAUUUAGACGCCCGCAGUAUUGAAAUUGGCAGCAGUCAUGAAACAAAGUCAAGCUAUCUCUGGCGCUUCAAAGGGGGAAAAUUGAUUAGUGACAACAUGCCCAUUCUCCGUACUGAAAAACCAGUAGCAGAAAUUGAUGCGAGGACGAUGAAUAACAUUAAAGAGCCUGAAGUUGUGGUAAAACGUGAAGGCCAUGCCCCUGGGCAGCAGCCAUGCCACAGAGAUUCAAACUGGAAGUCCAUUCCUCAAGGGUGUCCGCUUGUUAGUUCAACAGCAGAGCAGGAACAUAAGAAAGUGUGUGGUGCUGCAGCUUCUGGUAAGCGGUGCUACUGUGUUUUGGAACCCAACUGCCGUCCACAAAGGGAUAAAACAUCAAUUGAUCCUCUUCAAAGUAUGCAAAAUAUGAUAAACAGAGCAACAGAAAGUUCACCGAGACACCGUCCCUCGCAAAUCCAUGCUCAAAGACCAGACACUACGGAGAAAACAGCAAAGAAUAUUGUAGCCAAUAACAGUGCACAGGUAUACCAGCGGCCAAGCACUAUCGUCCGGAUUUCAACCAAUGCACACGACCGCCAACAGUCCAAAGAAACAGUCAGUGUUUCAAGUAAUGAGCAGUCUGGCCGGCAAUCUGCAGCCAACUUCCAUUUUACCACGAGCUCGCAAGAAAAAAAGCUAUCCUACACUACUGUCAAAGUAACAAGUACUGCCAACGGAAAUCAACAACCCACUCCAAGUCUCCUUAUUUCACCUGCUGCACAAUCAAGUAGCCAAAAUAUUUCGAGUAACGAGCAAUUUAACGGACCCUCCAGUGCAGGCUUACGCGCUUUUGGAAAUGUAAAGGAACAAUCCAGUGCCAACGUCCACCUGUCAUAUGAUAAGCAGAUAAACCAACGACCCAACUCCACUGACACGCAUACUCAGUAUAACGAACCAAACACCCAUCAACGUAUUGCUAACCGGCAAGAAUUUUUUCGUGCCGAAGAAGUGAACAAUUUGCUAAUCCCUCGCUCGCAGAUAAAACAGCAGCCUGGGAAUGAUACUGGGAUAGUUGUUUCGUGUACUGUCCGCCAAACAAACCAACAAAGAACCCAGCAAUCAAACACAAUUGCCAACCUUGAAAACACUAUAUCAACAGGUCAGCUUACAAAUGGUAGCCUGGUUCUUUCUGGUGGCGCACUUGCAAACCAACAGUCUAACAUACAAAGCACAAUUUCCAAGGUUUCUGCGAAAACUGUGGUUAGGAUAGCCCCAAAGGUGGAAUCUGGUGCUAACGGCGAAAUAGAGAAACCCAAGAAAGCUGCGACCUCGAUUCCUAUCAAAUCUGAAAAAGCCAACGAUAAACAGUGCAGUUUUGUAACACCCCAUCCUCCAAAGAAACAGUAUACUUCUCUGCAACAGCUUGCUAAUAAAGUUAUCGAGACUAGACAGAGAAUCGAGACAGAGAGCAUUCCAUGGAAGAAAAAGAUUUUAAAAUCUCUCGAAGCCGUGCUGAUGAAACGGUUGAGAAAAGUAGAGAGAGAGACUGGGGAACAGGCCAAUCUAGGUGGCGGAAAAAUUUCUGAGACUGAAAAGAAUAAAGUCGGACAUCAGAAAGAAAAAUAG